AUGGCGUCAGUGAAAAUAAAAUGCAUGGCAUGCAAACAUGAGCUUCAAGGGUCUCUGGUCUACGCCUGCCUGCCUUGUUACUUUUUUCUUCAUGAUUCAUGCAUAAAUGUCAUGCCAAGGCAAGUUCAAAGUCCAUUUCAUCCACAACAUACUCUUCUUGCUGGAGCAAUUCGAUUGAGUUAUUUCCAUACAUGUUAUGCUUGUGAGGAAACUGUUCAAGGCAUCUGCUUCUUCUGUGACGAAUGCGAUGUUAGCCUGCACUUGUCAUGUGCUAAGUAUCACACUCGUGCUAUAAAGCAUAUUUUCCAUCCUCACCCCCUUCUGUAUAUGGGGAAGACCAUUGCCGCUGAGAUAUCCUGUCAUGCAUGUCUUAGAAAAGAUCCCCGUGAUUCCUUCAGAUGUACGGAGUGUGAUUUUCGUAUACACGUUGAGUGUAUUUCAAUACCCACCCGUGUUGAACAUCCACGCCAUUUGCAUUCACUUGUGCUUAUAAAUUCCUUUAUUGAAGAUGAAUCUGGAGAUUAUUGCUGCGACAUAUGCGAGACAGAAAGGAACUCAGAACAUCAUGUUUAUUAUUGUGAAGAAUGCUCUUUUAUUGCACAUAUUUAUUGUGUCGCUCCCGAGUUUGGGCAUACAGAAAAGAUGCUUAUGGAUCAAAUGCAAAUAGAAGAGAAAUCUAACGAAAGUUUGGAAUCGGAAAUGAUGUCGGUGGACCAUGGAAAGAUGGUACAAAUUGAUUUUUUUCAUCCUCAUCCGCUAAUGCUCAACGAUGAAGCAGGGGCCAUGUUCGUGUGUAAUGGUUGUGGAGAAUUGAGCCGUGGUUCUUCUUACAAUUGUAGCCUGUGUUGGUUCAGCCUUGAUGCCAAAUGUGCUGCUUUAAAAUUAGAUGAUGAUGUUGCUAAACAUGAUGCAGAGAAAGCAAAGCAAAUCAAAACCACAAUCUCCCAUUUUGGCCACACCCAUCAGUUGACCCGUUGCAAGAUUGAAGCUCUGCAAACAGAGCUCAAUGGUGAGUACUGCAAAGCAUGCAGAAAUGGCAUUGGUGGUUCAAUGUAUGUUUGUCUAUUUUGUGAAAUCUGUUUUCAUGAAUCUUGUCUCUUGGACAUGCCUUCCCAAGUUCACAGUCCGUUCCAUCCACAUCCUCUUCUCCUGUAUGUGUCCGAUAAUACCAAAGGAGGUUGUCAUGUUUGCGGAAACGAUGUUGGGGCCAUUACGCUUAUCUGUUUUCAUUGUCGAAUCGGAAUGCAUCCUUCGUGCGCCAUGUACCAAACUCAGACACCUUCUUCUGCUGCCUCGCGUGUAAAUUCUACAUACAUCUCGAGUGUAUUACCGUACAUCGUCAAACAUGUGCGUCAUUCGCAUCCACUUACGCUUUCAAAGUCGGUAGUUGAAGAUGAUUCAGAAAACUACUACUGUGAUACGUGUGAAACAAAAAGGAAUCCGGAACUCGAUGUCUACUACUGCAAAGAGUGCAACUAUAUUGCACAUAUUGACUGCGUGCUUUCAGAGGCUGUUAAAUCCAAAGGGAACUCAGAGCAGAGGUUGAUGGAGUGCAUGUUGAAGGAGCUAACCUUAGCACAGUUUGAGCAUACAACAGAGAUGUCUAUGGAUCAACUACGAAUAGAAGAGAAAUCUACCGAAAGUUUGGAAUCGGAAAGGAUAUCGAUGGAUGAUGGAAAGAUGAUACAAAAUGAUUUUUUUCAUCCUCAUCCGCUAAUUCUCAAAGAUGAAGAAGAGAUGUGUUUGUGUGUAACGGUUGUGGAGAAUUGUGCCGUGGUUCUUCUUACGAUUGUAGCCUAUGUUCGUUCAGCCUUAAUGCCAGAUGUUCUGCUUUAA